AUGAAUGCUCCCUCGGACGAACGCGCAGCGAAGCGCAGAAAGGUUCGCAAAGGUACACACAGCUGCUGGGAGUGCAGGAGGAGAAAAGUCAAGUGUACUUUUUUACCGCCAGAUAAUGCGAUCUGCAUUACUUGCCAUCGUCGAGGCACGACAUGCAUCAACCAAGUAAUAUUGGACGAACCGGAAAGGCCCGAGAGUGGUACGGGAGAUGCUGAGCAAGACGCUUCUAUCAGCACACAGCUAGUGGCCGAGAGUGGUGUCUGUUCUCAAUCAGAUGCUACUGGUGGCUGGUUACCACUGACGCCCUUUGCAAUACAAACAACACCGGCAUCGUCAGUGGAUGGCAAAGUUAGUCAUCAUGACGCUAUUUCGGAGGCUUCCGCAUAUCCCAGUAUCACCCAAGCUCUACGAAGUUCUCUCCCUCCCCAGAAAGACAUCGAAAUUCUCAUUGAAAACCUGAGCAGCAUGUCUAUAUUUUCAUACCAAUCCAGCUUCAAGCUUUGCAACUCGUGGCCGAGCGAAAUGGCCAAAGAACAAAUGCCAGUAGCCAAUCUCCUAUAUUCAGAAAGUCACCCAGUCUUGUUGGCAAGGCAAAUGCUGCUUUUUGCAGUAGGGUUGCAACAUCUGUCUCCCAAAAAAGCGAUACCAUGUCUCACCAAGCAUCAUCGCGCCAUCAUGGAGCAACUAGCAGAAUCAGCCAUCAAGCUGGUGAAUAUGGAUGACGUCCUGCUGGGCACGUUGGAAGGUCUCGAGAACCUCAUCCUUGAAGCCUUCUACCAUAUAGAUGGCGGCAAUAUCCGACGAUCCUGGAUCACAAUGCGCCGUGCUGUCAUGGCAGCACAGCUAUUGGGCUUGCAUCGACAAGGUUACUAUCGCUUCAAAAUUAUCAGCCAGCAGACCAAUCUUGAUCCUGCGAUCAUGUGGCCCUGUGUGGUUUCCACGGAGCAAUUUCUAUGUUUGCUACUGGGCCUUCCAACAAGCACCAGCGGUGCGAGUUUCACAAUCCCAAGAGCAACGAGCGCUUUUGUUGAGAGCGGCAACUUGCCUGUACUAAUUCCGGGCGUUGUACACAAGAUUAUCGAACGAAACCAGAUGAGCGAACCUCAGGAAGCACUUGAAAUAACUCAAGAGAUCGAUCAAGAGCUCUUGAGGGUCACCGAGCAAUGGCCGCCUGCGUUCUGGCAGCCAUUGCAUUUUGCGGGUCUCGAAGUAAACUCGGUGGAUGCCUUCCGCGAAAUUCGACGAGCUUGGGACCAUAUAUUUUAUUACUCUUUGGUGAACCAGCUCCAUCUGCCGUACAUGCUAAACCCAAGGUAUACCUCGCAGAGAAUGUACUCGAGGAUCGCCUGCGCAAGCGCCAGCCGUGAGAUUUUGAUCCGACAAACUGCGAUCCGUACGUUCAACCCAAUCACGGCCGGCUGUCGGAUGGGCGAUUUUGUUGCUCUAAUUGCGGGCAUGACACUGAUGCUGGCCCACAUAUUGAGCCACUGUAACAAAGGUACAGAAAACCUACUCAUACACCACCGGGUUGGAGACCGGGCGACGGUGAAGCGGGCUCUUGAGUGCAUGGAAUCCAUGUUAGAGCUGCAUGAGGAUGUCCUCACCGCGAAAUGUGCUGGCCUUUUAAAGAGAAUGCUGGAUAUUGAGGCGGGGUCUGCAGAGAGGUACUCGGAUGACAGCCAAGAAGACGACCAAAACGUGUUGAUAGUCAAAGUGCCGUACGUUGGUGCCAUCAGAAUUACAAGAGACGGUAUUUCUAUGACGUCCAUCGACACGGAGCAGGAGCAAGUUUUCCAUGAGGGUGUUACGAUUGGGGGCUUGGGGUCUAUUCAUGUCGGAACACCACGCAACUCCGACCAUCAUACUGAUGUGGUCACAUCCGACCCUUCAACCCGACGAUCAACUGCGCAGGCAGUGAGCCCAUCAUCGGCAUGGAAGCACGGGGAACAGGCUACCCAGGCCACCCCUGGAGAUGUUUUUGCAUUGCCAGAAGAGAGAUUUCCCGACGCUUCUGCCGGCAUGGAAGAAUGGCUUUUCCAAGGUCUUGACACUGCCUUCUUUGAUGUGCUGAUAAGUGGAGCUGGGGGGCAGCCGCUGAAUGGCACUGAAGGAUGGAAUUUUACGAUGUCGCCAUGA